AAGCUCCUCAAUCGUACUCGAAACCUCUACUCCUUCCAAAAUCCAAUACACUAUUCUUCCCGUAUAAAUCUCCCACUUUCUUUUCCUUUCUGCACAAAUCGAAUCAUACUCCACUCAAAUCAGCCAUGGGUUCUGAUGCAGAUAUGGAGGAUUAUGGUUUCGAGUAUUCAGACGAGGAGCCAGAGGAACAAGACGUCGAUAUUGAGAAUCAAUAUUACAAUUCCAAAGGCUUGGUCGAAACAGAUCCAGAAGCUGCACUUGAGGGUUUUGCAGAAGUUGUGCGGAUGGAACCUGAUAAGGCCGAGUGGGGAUUCAAAGCUUUAAAGCAAACUGUUAAGCUCUACUAUAAGCUAGUGAAGUACAAAGAAAUGAUGUUAGCUUAUAGAGAUAUGUUAACUUACAUCAAAUCAGCAGUGACUAGAAAUUACAGUGAGAAGUGCAUCAACAAUAUAAUGGAUUUCAUUUCUGGAUCAGCUGGUCAGAACUUUAACCUCUUGAAAGAGUUUUACCAGACCACUUUAAAGGCACUUGAAGAGGCAAAGAACGAGAGACUGUGGUUCAAAACAAAUCUGAAGCUUUGCAAGAUAUGGUUUGAUAUGGGCGAAUAUGGACGGAUGAACAAGAUUUUGAAGGAGCUCCACAAAUCUUGUCAAAAAGAAGAUGGUACAGAUGAUCAGAAGAAAGGGACACAAUUGCUUGAAGUAUAUGCAAUUGAAAUUCAAAUGUACACAGAGACUAAAAACAACAAAAAACUCAAGGUAUAUCAGUUUACUUGUUGCCUUGUUGGUUUACUGAAUUAACACGUCUAAACUGGA